GGGGAGCACGGAAGCAGAGCAAUCCAGUUGAGAAAAUGGAAGCUUGUUUGACCAAAUGCUGGCAAUGGCAAAGCAAGGGUCUUUUCACGUCACUCAACUCCGUUCGCCGCUCGUCCAUCUCCACUCACUCUGUUAGAAAUUCGGUUAAAAGAGCAUACGAUGGGCUGCUGUUGGACGCCGCUGGCACUCUCUUGCAAUUGUCCAAUCCUGUAGAAGACACUUACGCUUCCAUUGGAGCUAAAUACGGUCUGAAGUUGAAUUCAAAUGAAAUAAAGCAAGGAUUUAGGAGGGCUUUCGCUGCCCCCUGGCCUGAUAAGCUCCGUUAUGAGGGGGAUGGAAAGCCAUUUUGGAAACUUGUUGUCUCUGAGGCCACUGGUUGUUCCGAUGACGAUUACUUUGAAGAAGUCUAUGAGCAUUAUGGCAAUGGCUAUGCAUGGCGUCUUCCGGAUGGAGCUUCAGAAACAAUAUUCCAUCUGAAAAAUGCUGGAGUUAAAGUGGCUGUUGUGUCCAAUUUCGACACCCGAUUGAGGAACGUGCUGAAGGAACUCAAUGUCAUAGAUCUGUUUGAUGCCGUAACUAUAUCUUCGGAGGUUGGUUAUGAAAAACCUGAUGCAAGGAUAUUUAAAGCUGCUUUAGAUCAAAUCGAUAUGGAGGCCAACAAGGUGGUACAUGUGGGGGAUGAUCUAAAGGCAGAUAAGGUGGGAGCCAAUGCCUUUGGGAUCGAAUGCUGGUUGUGGGGGAAAGACGUAAAGACAUUCGCGGACAUUCGGAACUCAAUACUCGUCUCAGAUUCAUAGCUUCGGGAAAAUAAAGCUUUUGAUCAGAUUGCCAGGCAUGUAAUAAAGUGUUAACAAACAUGG